GGGAGGCAAUUAAACGAAUCAUCACGAUCUGGCAAUCCAGCAUCUCAUUACACUGUCAGACAAUAUCUGAUUCAUCUGCAAGAGGAACAGGCUAAAGCCAGAGUUACAUCGAAACAGGCCUUUCCCUUGUUUUAUAUAAGUGAUUGGGUUUGUGCUCCUUUCUAAGAAAGCAGGUAUUUUCUGCCCAAAUUCCGCCUUCACAACGAUAUCUUUAUGCCAGAGAUUUAGCUUUUUCGUGUCUUGAGUUUUUUAGCAGGAGAUAG